AUGGCCACGGAGAAAAAGAAGCCGAAGUUUGUGCCAAGUCGUCUCAAAAGCAAGUCCAAUUUCUACUUACGUGGGGAAAUGUUGAAGAUUCGAGACUCAAUCGACAAUAGCGCCUGGAGAAGAUACGCUGAACAAGUGUUUGACAUGAACGCGGAGCCAUUUCAUGUUGUUUUGGAGGAUGAUCCAGAAGAAACGAUAGCAGAAGAAGCACAAUCAACGGUGUCUUUGAUGGCUGAUAGUCACGAGGGAGGCUCGCAAGAACUGAACGAAGCAAAGGAAGCAGAACUUGUAGCUAAGCUUUCUUCCAUGUCCGUCUCGCAACCGGCUUACACUCGAGAAGAGAUAUUGGGGAUAAAAAAUCAACACGAUUCAAAGUAUUGGCAAAAUUUGGCUGCUAAAACAUGGAACACAAAAGAAGAACCUUUUGAGUUGGACAAAGAAUUGCAAUGCCCCUUUGCGGAAAGGCUUCGAGUUUUACGAGAGCGUGAGAGGCAAGCACGUAAAAAGGUGAUUGAAAUGCGAAAACAGCCGGAUGAAGUUACUUGGGAGGACAUCAAGAAUCGAUUUAUUGCUGAAAAUUCUGUAACUUCCAGUUCAAAGACUCAGCAAAUCGAAGUCAACGGCAGAUCCGCAGAAUACUGGGCAAAGAAGGCAGAACAAUGGAUUCAAAAUUGUGGUGCCGCCGAAAACAAGGAGAACAUUUCUGGACAAAAUUUGAAGAAGAGCAUUCCAAUUGAAACACACAAUCCAUCCAAGCUCAUUGAAAUUCUCGAAAGUGCGGCCAUUCAUCGGGAAAAGAUUCUUUCUCAGCCCAACGAUGUCUUUCAUGAUAGAAAAUUGGCUAAGCGACGAUCUCAAGAUAGAAAGUUAAGCUCGACUUCUUCAACGAACUCUGAUAAUUUUGCUAACGAACUCCAACACUCGUCACCAACGUCCACAAGUCAUCAGUCUUGCGCAUCGGAGAACUUUUUGAAACGAUCCGCCUACAACAUGGACUUUGCACGAACCUGGCACAAUUAUGUUACUACUUCGUUGGAAAUGCCGGCUGCAAAUAACAAAAAGGGGCCUGCUUCGAAGAAAGCUGGCGGGAAAGGCGCCAAGCAAGGCGAUGACGAUCUUGACGCGAUUCUCGCUGAGAUGGCAGUUGCUGAUGAGGCGAAAGCAGCCAAAGCUACUAAGAAUCCAAAGGCCACUCAAAAGGCCACGAAUACUGCAAAUGCUGCGGCUGAUGGCGAACAAGGCAAGGAGGGAUGGGAAGCUGAAAUUGCCGCGAUGAAGCCAAUUCAUGAGCAAAUUCCCGACGGAAAAUUCCCUAAAGGACAAGAAUGCGAAUAUUAUCUACCAGGGAAAGAUGAGCGUAAAGCUUCCGAUCGCAUGUCAAAUGAAGAGAAGAAAGCGUUGGAUGCUGGACUAGAAGAAAUGUGGCAGGACUAUCGCAGAGCUGCCGAGGCUCAUCGUCAAGUUCGCAAAUAUGUUAAGUCUUGGGUGAAGCCUGGAAUGCGAAUGAUCGAUAUUUGUGCUCGACUUGAAGCAACCUCUCGUCGUUUGAUCGGAGAAUCAGGCUUGGAGGCUGGGCUCGCGUUUCCCACUGGUUGCUCGCUCAACCAUUGCGCUGCCCACUACACACCCAAUGCUGGCGAUGAAACAGUGCUUCAAUAUGGAGAUGUUUGCAAGAUUGAUUAUGGUAUUCAUGUGCGCGGGCGACUCAUCGAUUCGGCUUUUACUUUACAUUUCGAUCCAAGAUUUGAUCCUCUGGUAAACGCUGUCAAAGAGGCAACUAAUGCUGGAAUUCGUGAAGCUGGGAUUGAUGUUCGUUUGUGCGACAUUGGAGAGACUAUCGAAGAGGUAAUGACUUCUCAUGAGGUAGAACUUGACGGUCGAACCUAUACUGUGAAACCAAUCCGCAAUCUUAAUGGACACUCAAUUGGACAAUACAGAAUUCACGCUGGUAAGACUGUUCCAAUUGUGAAAGGCGGCGAACAAACAAAGAUGGAGGAAAACGAGGUUUACGCCAUCGAAACUUUCGGCUCGACUGGAAAGGGUUAUGUGCACGACGAUAUGGACUGCUCGCACUACAUGAAGAACUUUGAACUGGCUGAACAACACAUUCCACUGCGUCUUCCGCGAUCCAAGGCUCUUCUCCAAACGAUUGACAAAAACUUUGGAACAUUGGCCUUCUGUAAACGGUGGCUGGAUCGCGUUGGUGAAUCGAAAUAUCUAAUGGCUCUCAAGGAUUUAUGUGAUAAGGGAAUCGUCGAUGCUUACCCACCACUCUGCGAUGUCAAGGGAUGCUACACGGCUCAAUGGGAACACACACUUCUAAUGCGACCAACGUGCAAGGAAGUCGUUUCGCGCGGUGACGAUUAU